ACCUAUUCCCACCAGUUUCACAAACGUCUUCCCUAGCCCCGGAGUCGAUGUACGAUACUCUCUCUCUACCGUCGGUAACUACAUCCACUGCUUCGUCGCUGUCGGUUCCCCCUCGUUGCCUCUCCUUCCACCACUCGCACCUCGUUUCUUGCCUCGCACUGGACCUCGCAGAGCCAUCGUCGCCUCGUUGAUGCCUCGCCACAGGUUUCGGAAGAAGACAGCAAUGGCGGCGACGAUGAUGAUGCCAAAGAUCGAAGAAGUGGAAGAAGUCGAUGCUGAAAUGGGUUUCGCGAGGAUUCCAGAUGAUAGAGAAGCUCUUUUGGCCUUCAUGGACGAGCGCGCAAAGAAAAUCCAACGACUCAAAGAUCAUAUUACAGUGUACGAGAGAAAGCUUUCUGAUGAGGAAAAGUUGAUGAGAGAUGCAGAAUCCAAAUUUCUAUGCCUUGAUCGCCUUCAAAGUGAUAACGAUAUUGCUCCUCUGAACAAGUCUUCCUCUGAUUCAGCCAAAACUUCUUCUGCUGGAUCAACAUCUUCAGAAUCAGAAAGCGGUUCUUUAUCAAAGUCCAAGGUGUCUAGUGAAACUGGAAGUUUACUUGGCAUUAAAGAGUUUUGGACUAAGGAUAUUGGGGUGAGAACUAUGCAUGAGACUUCUAGCUCUCGUCUGCGUAGUGAAACAUCCAAAAAACCAUUUAUUAUGCUACCACCGCCUCUCAAACGUAAACUUUCUGUUCCGGAACGACCAGAGGAGAAUGUGACCAAAGGUCAACCUGCUCCUGGUAAUGAAUUUGUGGUAAAAGAUGAUGACAGAGGCAGUUGCCAAAAAGAUAACGUGACCCCAGAAGCAAAAAGGUCUUGCAGUAUAGAAACUCAAGGUCGUGAUAGCCAUACUGGAAAAACUUUUGCAAAGCCAAGAAUGAGUGCUUCUUCCAAUAUUUCCAGACAAGUACUUCAACAGCAAUCUGAAUUCCAAGGCCAUGAUGAGUUGAUCACGCUUAUAGGUAGGAGCUCUUUGCCGUCUACAAUUCAAAGUCGUACAGAAAGUAUGCUUCCAAGUUGCCACUCGAAAAGACUGAGAAGCCUUUCACUCUCUCCAUCAAAUCACAAGUUGUUCGCGACUAGUGCAUUGGAUGGAGCAGUUAACUUUUGGCAACUUCGAUCUGAUGGGUCUACAGCAUGUCUUUUAAAGACAGUUAACUCUAUAGGGCCUGAUCAGAAGAAAUGGGCUGAAGAUAUAGCUUGGCACCCACACGAGACUGCCCUUUUCUCUGUGUAUACUUCUGACGAUGGUCACCCUCAGAUAUCAGUGCUACAUCUGAACGAAGCUAACAAGGUAAAAGCUAAGAGUUGCAAAUCAGCUUUUAUGGAGGACAAACCUCAUACCAAGGGUCUUAUCAACAGAAUCAUGUUCACACCAUGGAAUGAUCCUCGUUUCAUCACGGGUGGAAGUGACCAUGCAGUCGUGCUAUGGAACGAAAGACGAGAGAAUGUGUGGAAGUCAACACUUCUGCACAGGGAUGUCCACACAUCAUCUGUAAUGGGAGUUGCUGGAAUGCGGCAUAACAAUCUUGUUGUGUCAUGUGGAGAAGAUAGGAGAUUUGUGGGUUAUGAUGUCCAGGAAGAAAAGUUAAGAUUCAAACACAAGGUAGAUAGCAAAUGCACGAAUGUACUGCCGAACCCUCGUGACUUCAAUCUCGUCAUGGUUCAUACCAGGCAACUAGAUCGGCAGAUGCGGUUAUACGACAUUAGAUUGCCGAAUACAGAACUAUUUUCGUUCGGGUGGAAGCAACAAAGCAGUGAAUCACAAUCUGCACUCAUCAACCAGUCUUGGUCUCCGGACGGUUUAUACAUCUCAUCCGGUUCUGCAGACCCUGUAAUACACAUUUUUGAUAUCCGUUACAACGCUCCAAACCCGUCUCACUCUAUAAACGCUCACAAGAAAAGAGUGUUCAAAGCUGAAUGGCACGCUUCUCUGCCGCUGCUUAUCUCCAUCUCCUCAGAUACAUUCAUUGGGCUUCACAAGUUGUGUUGAUAAACUAGUGUCUAAGACCCCGAAAAUCGGGAUCUGUCCCGCCAAUAUCCUUUUUGGGUGUCUGACUUUUCUUUGGUACGGGAUGAGUUUGUUUUUUUUUUAAUUAUCGUUCAACGGUUUUUUGUAUGUAUUAGAAAAUUGGCUGACGGAUAUCCUAUCCACAGGUACCUGCGUACAAGAGCAAAUGAAUAUCUUGUCAACUUAUAAUAUUUACCCUUUUGUCUUCGGGUAUGAGUCCGAUAUCUGAAUUGUUUUGGUUUCUGGACACAUUAGUUUACUGAAUUUUUUGUUACAA